GACGGUUUUACCCUUGGGGGUGAUCCUGCACGUCAAUAUUCCACUCCCCCUUGCUUGCCAUGGACAAGCGAUUACGCCGUCACUUGCUCUUCCUCCCGCCGUUGGCUUUCUUCCCCACUUUCGUCGCUUCAAUGGAGCAGACUUACAUUAUGGUGAAACCCGAUGGCGUACAACGAGGCCUUGUUGGAGAAGUCAUCUCGAGGUUCGAGAGGAAAGGGUUCAAGAUCACUGGUCUGAAGCUGAUACAGUGUCCGAGAGAAUUGGCCGAGGAGCAUUAUAGAGAUCUAAAGGCCAAGCCAUACUUCCCUAAACUGAUUCAGUUUAUCACUUCAGGCCCUGUUGUGUGUAUGGCCUGGGAAGGCGUUGGUGUUGUUGCUUCAGGGUGUAAGCUGAAAGGUAGAACCAGUCAUCUUCAAGCUGAACCAGGCACCAUUAGAGGAGAUCUUGCUGCUCAAACUCAAGGGUUGGAAAUGGACUGUGAUGCCGUGGACGGUUCGAGGUCGCAUUCUCUUUGCAGGAACAUUGUCCAUGGUAGUGAUAGCCCUCAAGACGCCAAGCGAGAAAUCGCUCUGUGGUUCAAACAAGGUGAACUGUGCGAGUGGGAACAAGCUCAAGCUUCAUGGCUUAGGGAAUGAACCCUGAGAGGAAACUACUUUAUCGUCCAAUUGGACACAAAGCUGUUUAUGCAAUCUUUUGUCUGAUUUCAAUUAUCAAAACUCUCCUAUGUUGCUUGAUUCCACUCUUUGAUCAUCUCCCCAAUCAAAAAUGUCAAAUCCGAUGCAAUGGUGUGAUGAAUCGAAUGAAAGAAAAACAGAGCCACAUAAAUUACACAAUAACCUGGCAUAUUCGAAA